AUGAUUAAAAGUCUAAUCAUCAUUACUAUUGUGUGUAUUAUAAUACAUUUCAUUAUUUAUGCUUAUACAGCUGGUUUUGUCUUCAUAUCAACAUGUGAUAAUCAAUCUACUAUGCUGAAUGAUACAAUGAAUUGUACACAUUCACGUUGGCUAGCUGCACGGGGUUUACCGAAUGAAUCCUACUUAGUCAAUUAUACAAUGACAAGAGUUAAAACUUCAAAAACUUGUUUCUUUGAAUGUCAAUCUAAUCCUAAUUGUCAUGCCUAUUUAUUUCAGCUAAAUUCAUCCACAGUGUGUACACUGUACAAUAAACCUGUUGAUCGAUCUGUACCAAGAAGUAAUCGGACCUCAUAUCAUUUUGGAACAAGAGCAUGUUGCAAUAUCAAUAAUGACUUCAUGGUUCUGGUAUUUUGUUCACCAUGUGAUUACUGUCAAAAUGUGACAAACUGUAGUGCAGUGAGAUGGAUUGGUCGUCCAGGACUACCAGUAAGGAGUUUCAUAGCCAAUUAUACACUAGCAGUGGUCAACACCACAAAAAGCUGCCUAGAUGAAUGUCAACUAAACACGCAGUGUUUUGCAUAUUCCCAUAGUUUGAAUUUGUCGACACACUGCACUCUUUACAACAGGACAAUUAAAACAGGCUCAAAUGAUCCGAAUAUCCUAUUGUCACAUGCAUACGCAACUAUGGAUUGUUGCCGUAGGUUUUCAGGUGAUUUUCUUUAUUGUUAA